AUGCCAUCGCCAGCCGAUCGUAAGCUUAGCGAGCCUGUCGUGACCUCUAUCCCCGAGGUUCCCGUUACUGUCCAACGCAAGCCUUUCCUGCAACCGGAGCAUGAUCAGAAGCUUGCCCAUACCGGCACUCCAAGAGCCAAUAUCGCUGCAACUUAUGAAAAGCCCCAUGGCACUACAGCGAAUGGCUGGGCUCAGAGACAUCGCCAUCAAACUGUUCUCCAGCAGCAUUGCGAUUUCUUCGACACAGAUAAAGAUGGCGUGAUCUAUCCCACCGACACCUUCUGGGGCUUCCACAGGCUCGGGUUCGGCAUCUUCCUCUCCCUUCUCUCCGUCUUCAUCAUCCACAGCAACUUCUCGUACCCAACCCUGUCCGGUUACCUCCCUGACCCUCUGUUCCGCAUCUACACCGCCAGGAUCCACAAGGACAAGCAUGGCAGCGACACCAAUACCUACGACACCGAGGGCCGCUUCAACCCGCAGAAGUUUGAAGACAUGUUCGCCAAGUAUGCCGAAGGCCGGGAUUUUAUGACAUUCCGGGACAUUCUUGCCAUGUUGAAAGGUCAAAGACUGGUUGCCGACCCAAUUGGCUGGGGUGGCGCUUUCUUCGAAUGGUUGGCUACUUAUCUCAUGCUAUGGCCCGCUGAUGGUCGCAUGAAAAAGGAAGACAUCCGUGGUGUUUAUGACGGCAGCAUAUUCUACACCAUUGCCGCUCGCAGGUCUCAAAAAUGA